UUGCAUGCGUCAGCGUUUUUGAGCCGCGCGACUUGAGAGAGAAGAGAGGUGUUGAACACGAGGUGGCCGUGGUCUGACCUGCAGCUUCUCUCACACCACGUCUUAGCUAUCGCCGUUGUACCAUCGAGGCACUAAUUCCUCACCGUCGCUCAGCUAGCUGCUAUUAGCAGAGCACCAUGGCGAAGGAAGAGGUGUACAUAGUCGGAGCAGCGCGAACGGCGAUAGGGAACUUCAGCGGGGCGUUCUCCAGUCUGUCGGCUGCGGAGCUGGGAGGAGCUGCCGUGAGGGAGGCGCUCGGGAGAGCCGCCGUGAAGGCGGAGCAGGUUGACGAAGUCAUCAUGGGGCAAGUCCUGACCGCAGGCUGUGGGCAGAACCCGGCAAGACAGGCGGCAGUAAAGGCUGGGGUGCCGUACUCGGUGCCAGCCACCACUGUCAACAUGGUGUGUGGCUCUGGACUGAAGUCAGUGGUGCUGGGCUACCAGGCCAUUCUGUGUGGAGACUCCAAGGUCGUGGUGGCUGGAGGCCAGGAGAACAUGUCUCAGUCUCCCCACUGUGCCAAUGUGAGGGGAGGAGUGAAAUUUGGAGACCUUUCUCUGAUGGACUCCAUGAUGCAAGACGGCCUCACCUGUGCCUUUGCCGACUGUCACAUGGGGAUAACGGCAGAGAACGUGGCGCGACAGAAGACCCUGUCUCGCCAGGAACAAGACCAGUUCUCAGCCAAGUCCCAGAACAAGGCAGAGUCAGCUCAGAAGAAGAACCUCUUCACCAAGGAAAUAGUCCCAGUCUCCGUCCCUUCGAGAAAAGGCCCUGUAGUUGUGUCAACUGAUGAGUUCCCGAGACACGGAACAACGUCAGAGACGCUGGGUAAACUGAGACCGGCGUUCAUCAGGGACGGAACCGGGACGGUCACUGCAGGGAAUGCCUCUGGUCUCAAUGAUGGAGCAGCUGCUGUGGUCCUGGUCUCGAAAUCAGCGGCGACCGAGAUUGGCUGCUCGGAGCCGCUGGCUCGCGUGGUGUCCUGGGCCCAGGCUGGAGUCGAUCCUUCUGUCAUGGGUCUCGGACCUAUCCCUGCCGUCAGGAAGGCACUGGAGAAGGCAGGUUGGGGAGUGUGUGAUGUGGACGUGUUUGAACUCAACGAAGCGUUUGCUGCCCAGUCUCUGGCGGUAGUGAGGGAACUUGGGAUUGACCCUGAGAAGGUGAAUGUGUGUGGAGGGGCCAUAGCACUGGGUCACCCAAUAGGAUCCAGUGGGUGCCGGAUUCUAGUUACACUGCUCCACGUAAUGGCCGACAGGGGAGGAAAGAGGGGUGUGGCAGCUCUCUGUAUCGGAGGAGGCAUGGGCAUCGCCAUGUGUAUCGAGACACUCUAGGUAGUCAGAACCAUUUUACAAUCUCACAGUCAAUAAUGGAGUUUUCACGCUGAAUUGACUACACAGCAAAUAUUGUCAUAGACCAAAAAACAAGCACAAUAACACAGUUUUUGCAGAUCACAAUAAUAUGAAAUAUGUAUGUGCAAAAUUUUUUUGCUGUUUUUUUAAUGCACUUGGCUGUGUGAACAUCAUCUACACCUCAUCAAUUGCCUCAUCGAGGUCGUCGUCUUGAUCGUCUGCUAAUUCAUCAAAGAGAACGUCUUCAUCCUCUCCCGCCCCAUAUCCAACUUCCGUCAACUUGGCUGUCGGAGACAAGAAACAACGACGACACUCUUAGACUCAAGUUUUCAGACAGACAUUACGGAAUGGAAAUGAAGCGAAAAUGGAAGAGCAAACUAUAUACAUAAUAUGGCCUCAAUGAGCCAUCAUAGAAUGUACUGCAUGUGUGCAAGAAAAGGUUGCCAAGAAUGGGGCAUUAGAAACACCAAACUUUCGUCAACUUUGGCUGGAGCACAAAAAAAACAGAUUUUUGGCCUAUUCACAGUAACUGUAUGUACACAAUAAGCUCUUGUUUUCUGUCUACUAUAUAUAUAUUAUGUAGAACUAAGAGUGUCUGGAGACACAGUUUCAGACACUUAAUGAACACCUGAUUCGGGGAGCUCUCCGUAU